ACCUUUACGCCAAACUCGGGCGCGCUGCAGGACUCGCGUCCUCGCCAUCCACGCGGGGCCCCACCCCUUCCCGGUUCCAGCCCGCGAUCGGGCGGGAGGCGAGGCCCUCGCUGCCACCCCCUUGCCCAGGUCGGAAAACCCUCCUAGACUUGCUCCUCGGCGUGCGCGCGAGGGCAAAGUUCCGCCCGGCAAAUCCCGGCGUUCAGUGAAUGGGAAGAUGGAGAUGGAUGUUGAGGGAGUUUCUCCGCGCCCGGAGCCCAUCCCCCGCUCCCAGGGGGCCGGCGGAGCCUGCCAGGCGCAGCCACAGCCGCCCCAGCCCCAGCCCCAGCCCCAGCCGCAGCAGCAGCCGCCGCAGCUGGCUCAGGAUGAACUGCCCGGCGAGAGUGCAGGCGCCGAGGACAGCGACGAUCCCGAGGCGAGACCCAGCAGCGAGAAAGGAGAGAGCAAGAGAACCUCAGCCAGCAAGUCUUCAGGUGCUCCUUCCUAUAGCAGAUGGUCUAGUUCACAGCCACAUCAGUCUAGCUCCGCAGUGAGAGCCUAUCAGACUAGUAAGUCACGGGUGACCAUGAGCCCUGGUUUCAGCUCGCAGUGGAACAGCAGCCAACCAGCCUGGAAUACAUACUCCUUUCCAAGAGCAAGCUUACACUACCAGUCCCAUGCCAGCUACACCUACUGUACUGGACACCCUGCUGUAAGUACCCCAUUUUUCUGUCUUGAGUAAAUUGGAAACUUCCUGCAGGUACAUUUUGAAUCCAAAGUUGGUAACUCUGUAU